AUGUCCGUCCACCAGCCGGUCGUGCGUCAUGCUACGCUCAAGACGACGUUCAUCGGUAUUCAGCAUGCAGUCUCGACGUCCGACGCGCCUGUGAAUCAGUUUCGCGGGAUCAAGUAUGCGAGCUUGCCCGGUCGGUUUCGACAGUCUCACUUGUUCGUACAAUAUCAUUCGCGCACCGACGCGACACGAUAUGGGCCUGUAUGCCCACAACCUCGCGGUCCACGGAUAGAGCAGGAGGUGUUCGGCUUCGACGAGGACGAGUUCCCCGUGCAGAACCUGAAGCAGAUCGAAUCUGAAUGCUUGAAUCUCAAUAUCACCGUACCGGCAGGCGCGACACCACAUUCACGAUUACCUGUUCUAGUCUGGGUUCAUGGAGGCGGUCCCCGCGGUUCAGGCAGUCACUGGCUAUUCGACGGAGGCGCGCUCGUGCAGAGCAGCAUACUGCUGGGAAAACCUAUCGUCCUCGUGACGUUCAAUUACCGCCUCGGCAUAUUGGGCUCGGCGGCGGGCGCAGCGCUUGCUGAGAGUAAUGCGGCGCUUGGGGAUGAGCCGGGCGCCAACUUUGCACUGCGAGAUCAAUACCGAGCGCUCGAAUGGGUCAACAACUUCAUCGGCGACUUCGGUGGCGAUCCAGAGUCCGUCACGCUCGCAGGACAAGCCUCGGGCGCCGCAGAUGUCUUAUGCCAUGUUGUCUCCCGCCACUCGCACCUCUUCGCGCGCGCCAUCGUCCAGUCGCCCACAUUCGAGACAGCCAUCCCCUCAUCCUCCCAAGCCGGCGCACAUCUCAGGCGCACAAUGUCCGCGUGUGGCGUACACUCCAUCGAUGAGCUGCGACGGGUAGACGCGGAGAAGCUCGUAAUACACAUUCCGCCCCACCGGACCGUCGACGAUGGACUAUGGUUCCGCGAAGGCUGGAAGGAGCUUCUCGGCUUCGCGGACCCUGCACACGGACAUCGGCACUUUGUUCACGCGCAUCCAGUUCAAGACACAUCUUGCCCGGUCCUGGCCGAACGCGUUCUCGCUGAGAUUAAUGGGACGCCUUCUGCUGCGUCUGCGUCUUCGCCAGGCAAGAAGACACAUGCGAGUCUCAGCGUGCCGAGGGAGAAGUCGAGGUCGAGGUCGCCGGCGAAGCGAUUGGCGCAUUUGCCACCUGUUAUCAUUGGGGAUUGUGGGUUCGAGGCGUAUAUGUACGCUGAGCCCAUAUCUCAAUGGAGCUCGAAUGCUGUGGACAGGAGGGUGAAGGUGCUCGCUCAAAACCUGCACCGUGCGACCGAUCUGCUGCGAGCGUACGACGCAACUGCCCAAGUCCCCGAAGACGAGCUUCCUGAUCGCCUGCUCGAGCUCGUGAACGACGCACGCUUCUCUUGGCCGACACAUCGAGUCGCUUCGGCUCUCAAAGCAGCCGGCACGCCGCUCUGGAGAUACGUAUUCGAUCAGGAGGCGCCGAAGCGCGGUGUACCACAUCAUGCUACAGAUCUCCUGUACCUCUUCGAUACCUCCCGUCCCUCUGAUGACCCUGAUACGAUGGUGGACGAGGUCGACCUGUACCCCGACCACUUCUCCGACUCUGAUUCAAGUACGGAGAGCGGUUUCGACAACUCGGCGUUCGCGAACGCUGAAGGCGACGAUACAUGGGCCACGCCCGUCGUCGACUCGCGAACAUACAACCGCGUGCGAGACGCCAUGCAGAACCGAUGGUUGGGGUUCAUCUACGGUGAACAGCCUUGGGCACCCGAACGCGUGUGCGUGUUCGGUCCAGAAGGCGAGGUCGGCGAGCGAUCUCAGGACAUUUUCGCCGCGAGACGGCGUGUAGGGAUCUGGGCGGAUGUUAUGGCGCCACUCGGGCGCGACGUUGUGUUGAAGAUCGGGGUCGAGCUCAGCAAUGGGCCGGCCGGUUGGAAGUCAUAG